UCUCUCUCUCUCUCUCUCUCUCUCUCUCUCUGUGAGAAGUUGAGGUUGUCCCUGUGAACAUGGGCAGAAAGUGCUCACAUUGUGGAAACGUAGGCCAUAAUUCGAGGACUUGCACAACUUACAGGGGGACAUUUUCUGGUGGUCUUAAGCUCUUUGGAGUGCAACUUGACCUCUCUUCACCUUCUGCAGUUGCCAUGAAGAAAAGUUUUAGCAUGGAUUGCUUGUACCCAUCAUCAUCCUCAUCAUCAUCCCCAUCUUCAUCAUUGUCCUCAUCCAGAAUUUCCCUCGAUGACAAUUCUGAUAGAACAGCUUUUGGUUAUCUCUCUGAUGGUCUCAUCGGCCGACCCCAAGAGAGGAAAAAAGGAGUUCCAUGGACAGAAGAGGAGCACAGAACAUUUCUUCUCGGGCUUGACAAGCUAGGGAAGGGUGAUUGGAGGGGAAUCUCCAGGCACUACGUAACAACAAGAACACCAACACAAGUUGCUAGCCAUGCUCAGAAAUAUUUUCUUCGACAAGCAAGCCUUAACAAGAAGAAGCGACGUUCAAGCCUCUUUGACAUGAUUGGGAGCAGCAAAAUCAACAUGUCAGGUCUUUCUGCUACAAGUUCUAAUUCCAAGCCAAGUGAUGAUCAUCCGGGUCCUGCUCAAUACAACUCUCAACGUGAAGUUCACCAUGACACCACUCUGCCUCUGCUAGGCCUUAGUUCUUCCUCUGAACAUAUCAAAUCAGAUAACCAGGAAACUGACCGUCCUCAAUUAGCUUCUUCUCACAAGCAGAACGUACCUGUUUGGCUGUAUGGGUUGUUUGAUUCCCAGCUGAAAGCUUCAAAUUAUGAAGCAAAAUCCAGUUCCCCCAUUGCAGCACCUAAUCUAGAGCUUACACUUGCGGCUCCAAGACCUUCGGAACAAAAUAAAUCUUCCCCGGCACCCCUUCUUUUCGGCCCUGUUAGUGUUACCUGAACACAUUCAUGGAUAGUAAUCCAUGGAAGUGAUUAUGCAAAUGAUAUCAGAAGAGGAUCAAGUAACAUGUCAUUCACGGUAUUAGUAGUAUAGUUUUGUACAUCUUAAUUAAUGGGAAAUUGUCCCUUUUUUUCCUCUUUCAGAAUAAAUAGAUCUAUAAUGAUACCACUAUGAAAACUAGUCAACAAUCUUUACUGGAUUA